AUCCGAAACGCGCCUUUGCGGCCGCCGGGCGCAUCCUGUGGCCUCUUGCGCGGCCACCGGGACGCGGCGCGAAGCGGUCUGGAGGGCGAGUCCUUCUGCGGUCCCACCUCUCCCGCCCCGUCCCUGACACUGGGAACCAGAGCGGAGAGGGGCGGGUGUUUCUCUGUGGGGGAGUAGGGAAGAAGCUAGGCGGGUACGCGCGGUGCCCCAAGCCUGGAACCAAGGAGUGCGCGUUGGUCUUGGGCUCCGCGCGGGUGGAGGGGGGUCGCCCUGCCGCGGGGAGGGGAGGCGGGGCACCCGGGCGUGUCGGGAGGCUGGGGCCGGUGACACUCGCUUGGCGAGGGUGGGGGCGAAGCGCUGCGGUAGUAGGGGGAGGCUCCGGCCCUGGUCUCCACUCUAGGCCCUGGUGGGGGGCGCAUCGCGGUCGCCGGAGCUUUCAGCAGGGGGCGCUGCUCCGGGCGUUGGGCGGGGGUGGGGUGGGCCAGGAGGGGGGGCCGCGGCUGGCCGCGCACACUUCCCCCAUUAUUAAACACUAUGUUCAAAAGGCGCCGGGGGACUUCCCGGAGCCACGGAGCCCGCGCCGCCCGCCCGCCCGGCCCACGGAGCCCAUGGACCUGAGUGCCGCCGCCGCGCUGUGCCUCUGGCUGCUGAGCGCCUGCCGCCCCCGCGACGGGCUGGAAGCGGCAGCCGUGCUACGAGCGGCGGGGGCUGGGCCGGUCCGGAGCCCGGGGGGCGGCGGCGGCGGCGGCGGGCGGACUCUUGCCGAGGCUGCGGGCGCCGCGGCUGUCCCGGCCGCCGCGGUUUCCCGGGCCCGCGCCCCGCGCCGCGCCGCGGGCUCCGGCUUCAGGAACGGCUCGGUGGUGCCGCACCACUUCAUGAUGUCGCUUUACCGGAGCCUGACCGGGAGGGCUCCGGCCGGGGCAGCCGCUGUCUCCGCCUCGGGCCAUGGUCGCGCGGACACGAUCACCGGCUUCACAGACCAGGCGACCCAAGACGAAUCUGCAGCCGAAACAGGCCAGAGCUUCCUGUUCGACGUGUCCAGCCUUAACGACGCAGACGAGGUGGUGGGUGCAGAGCUGCGCGUGCUGCGCCGGGGAUCUCCAGAGCCGGGCCCAGGCAGCUCGACUUCCCCGCCGCUGCUGCUGCUGUCCACGUGCCCAGGCGCCGCCCGAGCGCCACGCCUGCUGUACUCGCGGGCAGCUGAGCCCCUGGUCGGUCAGCGAUGGGAGGUGUUCGACGUGGCGGAUGCCAUGAGGCGCCACCGUCGUGAACCGCGCCCCCCCCGCGCGUUCUGCCUCUUGCUUCGCGCAGUGACAGGCCCUGUGCGGAGCCCUUUGGCACUGCGGCAUUUGGGCUUCGGCUGGCCGGGCGGAGGGGGCUCUGCGCCAGAGGAGCGCGCGCUGCUAGUCGUCUCCUCCCGCACGCAGAGGAAGGAGAGCUUGUUCCGGGAGAUGCACGCCCAGGCCCGCGCACUCGGGGCCGCUCUGGCGGCACAGCCGCCGCCAGACCCAGGAACCGGCACCGGGUCGCCAAGGGCAGUCACUGCGGGCCGCAGACGGAGGAGGACGGCUUUGGCUGGGACGCGGACAGCGCAAGGCAGCGGCGGGGGCGCGGGCCGGGGCCACGGACGCAGGGGCCGGAGCCGCUGCAGCCGUAAGCCGCUGCACGUGGACUUCAAGGAGCUCGGCUGGGACGACUGGAUCAUUGCGCCGCUAGACUACGAAGCGUACCACUGCGAGGGCGUUUGCGACUUCCCUCUGCGCUCGCACCUCGAGCCCACCAACCACGCAAUCAUUCAGACGCUGCUCAACUCCAUGGCGCCAGACGCGGCGCCGGCCUCCUGCUGUGUGCCCGCGCGCCUCAGCCCCAUCAGCAUCCUCUACAUCGACGCCGCCAACAAUGUUGUCUACAAGCAAUACGAGGACAUGGUGGUGGAGGCCUGCGGCUGCAGGUAGCGCGCGGGCCGGGGACGGGGCAGCCGCGCGGCCGAGGACCCCCAGCUGAUGAGCAGCAGAGGGCCAGCCUGUCACCGAGCGUGGGUGCAAGUCCGAUGUGACCCAGCGCCCUCUCGGAGGAGGGAGAGCACACGUUCACACUGACACACACUCGUUCAGUCACACACACAUUUACUGGGGACAGCAUGUGAAAGCCUUGGGAAGAGAUGCCCUGCCGGUACCGAAUGUCAGAGCCUUGUGUAUUUUGCAAACAGAUAACCGUGGCGCCCACUGCCUCCAUUUGGGGAGAGGAAGGUGUUUGUGCUUAUGUUGCAGUAACAGGCACGAAAAUCAGGUAGAAACGGGUUAGGAAAUUGGAAGCUCCAGAAUGGGAGAACCAAAGGGGUACUCGAGCAUGUUUUAUCUCACCCCUUCUUGUCUCUGGCCCGACGUGGGGGCAUCGCUUCCCUGGGUGGCUGAGCGCUGCGUGGUGCACUCCGUGAUCCACUGCAAGGCUGUAAUGCCCUUUCCGAGGGUUUGUGUUGCAUGGGGCCGUUUACUCUGGAACUGUUGCAAAAAGCAUCUUUUUUUUUUUCCUUUUUUAACUUUUAAAAUUUAACGUGCCCCUGCUUCAUUUUUGAAAGGGAAGUUUUGUCUGAAAGAAGGUGUUGUGGAGCUUCCCAGAUUUGUGCAAAGGAGGGCCACCGUCCUAGCCUGAGGAGACACCUGGUGGACACAGACUGCAGGGAGAGGGUUGAGAGUUGGCCUAGUGAAUCAGAGGGGUGACUGAGGGCCCAGAAGUUGCCACAUGAGCUCUGAUCAUCAUUCAUGGGUGCUGUCUGCCCAUCACCUGCAGGUACCCACCUUAACCAGAGCUUGGCUUGUGGCCUGCAACUUGGCGACAGGCCUUUGGCUGGGCAAAGUUUGGGCUGGUGCUUCAUAGUGGCAGGAGCAAUUACAGCAGAGCAACCCAGGAUGGGUGGUCAUUGAAAAAUGGGUGUGAAGUCACUGAAAAAUCAGACCGAGUUUCAAGUUAUGCUCACAGUUGCUGAAAAAGCAAAAAUACGCCCUUAGAGCAGCAGAGCAGCGUGCGGCGGUCCACUUCCUCCUCCUAUGCAGAGCUUGCAGGCCCCUUCUAGCAUCUGUGCAUGGUGCGCAUGUGUCUGUGACAACAGAAAGGGCUGGUUUCUCUCACACAUUUCCCUGACAAUGGCAGGGGGGCUGCAGCGGUCACAGAAACUUCCGGAGAGACGUGUUUCUGUACAGUCAGGUGAAUUUGUUGGCAGGAUAGCUUGGUGACGAUAUAAGAAGUACCGUUUCACUUUUUUUGUCAGAUGAACUUCCUUCUGCUAGUUUAGAAAUGCUUCACUCCAGAGAGGGCCACCUGGUAGAAGCUGUAUUACAGAAACUUUUAAUCCCUUUUCUAUGUCAGGGGAUGCUGAGAUAAACUGUCUAGAAAAACAAGGAGAAGCUUCUGACUGUCACACCCAGGCCACUUCCGGCAGAGUAGUACAGAGCUGCCAGGGCGUGGCCAGCUGCUUUGCAUCUGCAUUCCUGUUUCAUGACCUUUUGUGUUGUGGGCCAACAGGAGUGCCACGUAGUGGGGGCUGGAGAUUUGGCCUGGCAGGAGGUGGGCACGUAGCUGUCUUCUCUGCAGAAUAUCUGCACUGCUCCAUCUGACCAGCAGUGGCAACAGCCACACCCAGUUCUGCAUCUAGCUCCUGCCCAGACCUUUGGCUGCCAGAAUCUAGAACCAUGGCUGACCAAAGUGAGACUUCCGAGUAAGGUUAGUUCACAGGCAUGCUGCUGAAUUAGGAGACAGGAACUAAUCUGAAGUUCACGGGGCUAAACUUCCCUCGAGGACAUUUCCUGAGCUGCAAGAUGGGAAGGGACAGCACUGAAGCUGGUGAGCUGGUGCAACUGCAGACACCUUUUCUGUUUUUCAGUACUCACAGGUCAUCCUGGGGAGAUCUCUCAUGGGCCAUGGGCAGCCCAUGCCUGGAUUUUUUGGUGAAUGAGUCCAAAAAGCAGUGACCAGGUGGGGCUGAGGGCCUCCCCUUGCCUGCGCCUUUUUAUCUCUGAGUGACUGAGGGCUGCCAAGGCCAGACAAUGCACAUGUGUCCUGCAUCCUCCCCUGGCCUGGGGCAGCAGCAGCUGGGCUUGGGGUGAGUAGGCUGGCUUGAGGAAGGGGAUGCCCACAAGCAGGGCUCAUUUCCUGGGUCAGGGCCUGUCAGACUCAAAAGUCAGCCCUCUAGCAUUCUGUUUAAAAAAUGAUGACGCAGUUCAGUGAGAAAGAAAGCUCAGGAUAAAAUGUGUUUUCUGGCGGGGAAAUACUCACGUGUUCUAAGCCAGGAACAGAGACUCUCAAGAGAGGCAUUCUCUGGCAUUCUCUGCCUUGGAUAAAUCAUGGAUUAAACAUGAGCAUCCUUAGAAUAAUUUUAUUUUUGUAUUUCACUUUACACUGUAAUGCAAACAGCUUUUAUGUUUUCUUUGACAAAGAAUCAUAAUUGAGUCACUUUCGGUCUUUUAGCUAGAAGCAUUUCACCCUAAAUGAAAAGUUAAUGCAUUUUUUACAAGGAUUAACAUGCUAACUACAACUUGCCCUUUCAGCAGAUGACAAUAGGGGUUCUGAAAAGUUUGGACAAAGUCUUUUUCUUUUUGCAUACAAAUAAAGCAGCAGAUCAUUUCUCUGAAGGUUGUUGCAGAGUUCCUGUACCAGCUUACAAAAUGAUGCUGUUUAAGUAGGCCUUGGGUGGGCAGCAGAAUUCUGCACGUGACGAGUGGCCUGCAGCUUAAAAAGCAAAUUUCAUCUGAUUCCAGUACUGUGAUUUUAAGGAAAUGGUAAAACUCAAAGUGCUGGUAAUGCCAUCAAGGCUCAACACGCCAUUUCCUCAGCAGCUAAAGACAAAAAUAAUUAUUUUGGUGAGGGGAUAGAAGUCCUUUCACUUUGCAGUGACACCCACUUUUUCUUAGCUUGGCUUGGGAGUAAUGAGAUUGGGGUGUGGGGGGACAUUAAAAACUCAUUUAAGGCAAACUGAAAUCUCCUUCGUCAGCAUUCUUCCUGCUGGUGUAGCCAGAGCAGAACUCCGAGGCUUGCAGGCUGGGCUGUCUCCUUGCUGCCUGGCCUGGGUGUUUAUUUGGGCAACACAAGCUGACGUCGUGAGGUGUUGCCGAUGCCUAGGCCAGCUAGCAGGGAGCCCUCCCAGGGCUGGUAGAAACCUAUGUGUAUAUGUAUUCUCAAAUUUAAAUAGAUUGUACAUAGUGAAAUGUAAAUGACAUGUAAAACAGCAAUCUCUAUUUUUCUUAUUAUAUAGCAGUAUAUAUUUGUUAAACGUGCUUGUAUACGCUUCAUUAACCAUUUUAAUAUUUUGUACAGAUAAGUUGAUUAAAUAUUUGAUUCAUAAAA